AUGGCAACUGGCACUAACGCUAAUAUUAAUACUGCUAUCGUUACUACUGCCCAAUCAAAUGUUCGGUUUAUCGGUCCGCAUUAUCUUUCUGUCUUUCCCUACUACCUUUCCAUUCCGUCUCCGGAUGACAUCCAAUCGCUCGAAUACCACCUGUCUGACUCGAAUCCUGACUCGGAAUCAAUACACUAUUGGACUCUUGCAAUACCUCGACCAUAUGGAAUAGAAGAUGCAGAAAAGUUUGUAAACAACUGUUUGGACAGAACGAAAAAGACGGGUGUCUGUUUGCAGUGGGCAAUUAGAGUUCAGGAGGAAAGGACGGGAAACAAUGGGAACGAUUUAAGACCUCAUGAUCCCGUAAACUCCCGCUUUAUUCCUACGCUAGUUGGGAUGAUCGGAGUACACCUCAGCUCAAAUGACCCCAAAAGAUAUGAAAUCGGAUACUGGCUUUCGCUUACUCAUCGUAACAGAGGGGUCGUCUCUUCUGCCGUCGCGAAAGCAUGCGAAAUUGUAUUUGAAGGUCUGGGGGAAGAAGAGAUUUAUAGUCAGACGCUUGUUGGAAAUCUGAGUAGUAGGAAAGUGUUGGAAAAGAACGCGUUUGAAUAUUUGGGCGUUGUUGAAAGUAAUAGUGGAGAUGUCGCUGAUAAUGAUGAUAACGAUAAUAGAUCAAGUACGGAUAUCGACGCCACUGCAGCAACUAUAACUACAGCAGACAUCCCCAUCACUUCUCCUGCAAAGAGCAUCCAACACACGUGGUUAUUCCGUAAACGGAAAUAG